UAUACUAGCAAGUAGUGAAGUUAGUUCUGUAGCCACAAAUAAGGGCACUUCACUAGGAUAUGUAUUAGUAGGAUGGCAUUAUCUUCACUACUCUUAAUAACAAUAUAUAGAAUAUAUAUAUACAAGAAAUGCUUAGUCAUGUUAGCACAAAUAACUGAAUACGGGCACUGGGAUAUGUAUUAGUAGGAUGGCAUUAUCUUCACUACACAUAAUGACAUAGUCACAUUACAGCAUUUGUAAUUAGGUACCGUAUUCUGAAACUGUAAUUACUUGUCCAGUUACCGUAUAUCUGCAACAAAGGCUUGAACUACUGGACUUGAGUUAUUCGAGUGACAAAAUUAGCUUAGUACGUGGUAAUUUAAUACCUGGAUUACAAAUAUGACUACAGAAAAGGCCAAAAAUAUAUUGGAAGGUUUUCAACUAAAUUGGAUGAAUUUGCGCGAUGCCAGUUCUGGCCGAGUUUUAUGGCAGGGCAGCGAAGAUUUGUCAAAGCCAGAGCAGGAGCACGAAGCUCGAGUACCUAAAAAAAUAUUGAAAUGCAAAGCUGUGUCAAGAGAAAUCAAUUUUUCCUCAAAAGAGUCUAUGGAAAAAUUCAGACUGGAACAAAAAAUAAUUUUCAAAGGAAGAGUACUUGAAGAAUGGUAUUUCCAAUUUGGAUUUGUGAUUCCUGAUUCAACAAAUACAUGGCAGUCGACAAUUGAAGCUGCACCACAGGGGCAAAUGAUGCCUGCUAGUGCUUUAAGCGGAAAUGUUAUUAUAGAAACCAACUUUUAUGAUGAAGAUCUUCUUGUGAGUCAAUCACGAGUUCGAGUAUUUUAUGUGUAAUGUCAGCUUCCCCUGCAACUGAAUAUUCACACUUACCUUAUUACUACGAAUGGUCAAAAAAUCACAACAUUGAGUGAAUUAUCAAAGUUACAGGGAAUGACUAUGCAAAAUCAAAUGGAAUAUACGAAUUUAAUUUUUAAGCGCAUUUGACUAAGCACUGCAAUAGCUAAAUAGAUGUUAGAUUCACUCAGUCUAGAUAUUCACUGUUAGUUUCAUUUAUGAUAUUAAAAAUUAGGUACUCCCGAAGUAUGUGAACCAAGGUGGCGGACACUGAACCGUAGUAUGUGUACCAGGUUAUGGUUAGGCUAUAUUUUCAGGUACGAAUACUACAGGGAUCCCUUGGGAGUCACAUAAGGUAAAUUGGAAUAAAAUUAUGGCCAACCCCUAACCUGGUACACAUACUACGUUCUGGUGUUCGUCAUCUUGGUUCACAUACUACGAGAGUACCAAAAAUUAAUCUGUAAUCCUAUCAUCAUUCGUAUGUGAUGUUUUAAAUCAAAACGUGAGAGAGUUCAAAUUUUUAUUUGUUUAUGUGUUACUGAGUCUCUAUCUAUAAAGCUGAAUUGAGGCUUUUUAUUUGUUGCCAAGGAAUUCAUUUUUUAAGUUUAUUCUAACAAAUUUUACUUAUUAAUGGUAAAGGGUACAUCUGACCAGCAGUUUUGUCAUCAAUUAGAUAUUUCCAAGAUGCAACUGUGGGCGAUUGUACAAUUGCAACUUGUUUUAAAUAUUAUUUCUAUCUUAUGCACUUUCAUAUGUCUACAAUUUUACCAAUUCAAGACAAAAAGCGGGUGCUAAAUAUUGUACAGACAUUUUUUGUAUUUUAAGUUUUUGUAACCAGUGUUUCUCACAAGUGUGUGUGUGUGAAUUCUGUAAAAAUGCACCUGUCCGGGAAGGGACCUUGUUCUAAUGUGAUAGUUGUUUCGUGAUUUAGCACCCAAGGCGGUGAAGACUCAAUGUCGAUUUGGUAUUUUUAAUCGAUUGCAUCUCAAAUUAUAACAUAUUAAUGUAAAAAGUACAAUGUUUUCAAGUAAUAUAUUACUUUUUGCUAAUUAAGCAAAUGAAUAAAUAGAUUUUUUUGUUUUAUACAUUUUCAAGUACUGUUGGCUCCCUGUGUCAAAGCGUUUGCCUCUAUCAUUAUUAGGUAGCAUGGUAUACAUUUUAUUAGUUUUAACUGCAGUGCUGUCAAUUUAUAUACAGUUAACCAAAGUAAAGGUUAUUGAUUGUCAUUUUAAGCACUGCAAGAGCGAAAUCUUUGGAAUAGAUGAGUCAGUAUUCCUGAUCCCGAAAAAAUCCAAUAUUUUAUAGUAUGGUAAAUAAUAUAAGUUGUGUUCGAAGAACAAUAUACUGCAAACAGCUCUUCA